GCCCAUUCGUGUGGCAGGAGUGCUGACUGGUUACCGUCUGCCCCUUAAGGACCUGAUUCUGCGCUGAGGAAUCAAUGUUCGGAACUAGUAGCCCUUUUAAGGCUCCCCAGAGCUGCAGGAUCGGAUCAGCGCUUUUUAUUUAUUUUCUCGGACACUCUGACGCACUGAUUUAUUCAGGAAUUACAAAGCGUCGGGGUGGAAAGGUGAAACUGACCUGAGGGAGCAAAGCUCCCACAAACAGCUCAGGAUGAAGAAACACACAGCCAAGAUCUCCCCACUCACUGCCUGCAACAGUCCUGUGCUCUCGCUCACCUGGGUGGAAGGCAAUGAUGAGAUUCCGGAGGCUCUGGCACAGUUCCGCGAGGACAGCGUGGCACCCUGCUGCUGGCCUAGCCCCCUCGGCACGCUGGGGAGAGUGGCUGUGGGCCUGGCACUGGCGGUCUGCCUGGCAGGCAGCUGGGCGGGCAUGACGCAACUGGCGAAGGCGGCGCUGCGGGACUUUGAGUCGCCGUUCUUGGUGGCCUGGCACUCGGCCAACUGGAACCUCCUACUCUUCCCCGGCUACUGCUCCUGCCGCCUGCUGACCUCCGGAGAGAGGGGCCUGCAGCUCAGGCAGUUCAGCCAAUGUAGUCAUUUUCUCAGCCAGGACCCCUUCUCUCUCAGGAGACUCCUUAAGCAGACAGCUCCUUUCUCCAUCCUCUGGACCCUAACUAACUACCUAUACUUCAUGGGGCUAAAGAAAAUCAGCACCACAGACGCCUCUGCCCUCUUCUGCUGCAAUAAAGCUUUUGUCUUCCUGCUCUCCUGGAUAGUGCUGAAAGACCGGUUUAUGGGUGUCCGG